GUGACCGCGGGGAGGCGCCGGGACGGGGUGGCCGCGAUGCUGGAGAACGGCUCCCUGAGGAACUGCUGUGACCCGGGCGGGCGCGGCCGCCUGGGCUUGGCGGAGCGGGAGGCGGCGGCGGCGGGCGCCCCGCGGCCCGCCUGGGUGGUGCCGGUGCUGUCCAGCGUGCUGAUCUUCACCACCGUGGUGGACAUCCUGGGCAACCUCCUGGUCAUCCUCUCCGUCUUCAAGAACCGCAAGCUUCGGAACUCAGGUAACGCAUUUGUGGUGAGCCUAGCUUUGGCUGAUCUGGUGGUGGCCUUGUAUCCAUACCCGCUGGUGCUCUUAGCUAUUUUCCGCAAUGGAUGGACACUGGGUGAAACGCACUGUAAAGCCAGUGGCUUUGUGAUGGGACUAAGUGUAAUAGGCUCUAUUUUCAACAUCACUGCAAUUGCAAUAAACAGAUAUUGCUACAUAUGUCACAGUUUUGCCUAUGACAAAGUGUACAGCUGUUGGAAUACAAUGUUGUACGUCUCCUUAGUCUGGAUAUUAACAGUAAUUGCAACUGUGCCAAAUUUUUUUGUUGGCUCUUUGAAGUAUGAUCCACGCAUCUAUUCAUGCACGUUUGUCCAAACUGCCAGCUCCUACUACACAAUAGCUGUGGUGGUCAUUCACUUCAUCGUCCCUAUCACCAUUGUCAGCUUCUGCUACCUUCGAAUUUGGGUUUUAGUGCUUCAAGUUCGAAGACGAGUCAAGUCAGAAACAAAGCCAAGAUUGAAGCCAAGUGACUUCAGAAACUUUCUUACCAUGUUUGUUGUUUUUGUGAUUUUUGCCUUUUGCUGGGCACCUCUAAACUUCAUUGGACUGGCUGUAGCCAUUGAUCCUACGGAAAUGGCACCAAAAGUUCCUGAAUGGUUAUUCAUUAUAAGUUACUUAAUGGCCUAUUUCAACAGCUGCCUUAAUGCAAUAAUAUAUGGUCUUCUUAAUCAGAAUUUUCGGAAUGAAUAUAAGCGAAUUUUAAUGUCACUGUGGAUGCCAAGGCUUUUCUUCCAGGACACAUCCAAAGGAGGAACUGAUGGCCAGAAGAGCAAGCCUUCUCCGGCUUUAAACAACAAUAACCAAAUGAAAACUGAAACCUUGUAAAUGUGUAAUAGUCAAUGCAAGAGUUUGUCAUGGAGAAAACCAAGAUCAUAGUUGUAAUGUUCUGGUCAUUCCUGCUUAAUUUUGGGGAGUUUCCACUUGGAUCACACUUUAUGACUGGAAUACUGUCUUCAUAGUAAAGCACAUUGCUCUGGAUUAGUGAUUUAUACCAGAUAAUAAUUGAAAAGAUGUUUCAGAAUUAAAGCAGCAGGUGGGUGCAGGCUGUUUUAGUUCUCAGAGCUGAAUCCUGUUUCCAGACAUAUGAAUGAGGUAUUUUUUUACUUCUGCGGGAGUUUUGCAUUCUUUAUACAAGACCAGGAUUCGUUUCUUUGAAGUUGUAGUGAGUCUAUGUGUUCGUCAGAGCUCAUCAAAGCUCUGGAGUGGUAUUUUCCUCCCUUCUGUGUCUGAACAGAGGGUGAGACAAACACUAUUUUUCACAUGUAAGCCAAACAUUGCAUUUCUGUGACAAUAAUGGUGUCUUUGAAUCCAAUUUGUAAACUGGAGAGAAGACUAUUUGUGUAAAAGCAAUUAUUAACAUUAGAGACUUUCCUCACAGGUUCUUCAUACUUACAUACAUUGAGAAUGGGAAUACGCUGUGUCUACUCGCUUCAUCUUUUGUGGUUAAUUUUAUGGUAGAUAAUGUAAUUGGUUGAUUUCUCACAGAUUUACCUUACACAAUAUUCUUCCUUUAGAAAAGAUUGAAUUUUCAUUGAACUUAUUUUAUUCACCAAAAUAUCUAUAUAAAAUGUCAUUUGAUGCACUUUAGCACACCUUACACAUUUGAGACAGACUGGAAAUUACAGCAUAUGACCUGUGAUCAUCUCUACUGGCAACUGAACACAGACAGGAUAUCCUAGAUCAUCUCAAAUGAUGCUAGACCAAAAGAAGAAGCCCGUUUGACUAAAGGUAGCUGAUAAACUCAAAUCAUGUCUACAUCUAAUCUCGAACAAAACCCACUGCUGGUGUCUAACCUACGACAACCUUCAGGGUUCCCUGUAGUGGAGAUAUGUUUCCUUCCAUCUGUGAUGAUAAACACACAUCCAAGGAUAAGAUUAAUUGCUUUGUGGAGGUGCUGGUCUCCUUUCACUGACUUUAAAAGCAGCUUUGAUUAAUAGUUCAAACACCUAAUUUUGGAUAGCUAGAGAGGGAUUUAUCUUGCUUAAUUUGGGAUGAACCCAGUGUAGAUGUUUGCACACAAUCCAUUUUCUAAAUGCUCACAGUAGUUCUUAGAGUCCUAGGAAAUUAUUCCUUUUCUUUUGAAACAGAUAUUUUUAUUGAUCAGGGGAGCUAUCAGCAGAACUCAGUAACUGUACCUUUACUGACUCUUAAAAAGAUCAAGUUGCUCACACACACACAUUUCAGGCAAGGACAGGUCAUCUUAAUUCCAUAAAUAAUUUACCUACACUUCAUAUUUGCAGUUCAUAAAAUAAAAGAUUAUUUUCUGCUUUAUUUUUAAACACAGCUCAAAUUCUAACUGGAUUUCUGCUCUUCCAGGUAACAAAUUGUAACAGUGACUGUGCAGAUCAGAUUACAAUUUGGGUUGUACUCCAGAGCAUCAUAGUAAUUUACACAAUGUGGUUGUCCUAUCUCAAAAUCAGACUAGGAUCUGUGCACAAGCACACAGUCAAUGAGCUUAUUUUAACAUGAGGCUUGAAAUGCACAUUGCUCUUAGCAUUUCUUAGCAAUGCUGUUCAGGGUAGAUGAGCUAGGUUUCUGGUAAAUCCAUGUCAGGGAUGGAAAUGGAACAAUGAGGAAUUCAGGUUGCUAUUACAUUCCAGAUUUCCUGACCUGGCUAUAAUGAAAAAUAGUUCUGCAGUAAUAUUAAUUUGUACAGCCGAUAUACUCCUUCUGAAGCCAUAAAGAUGUAUUAAACACCACCCUUGUAUUGCUAGAGUGAUAGAAAAAUAUCAAAGAACCACAGUAUUUUAAAUGUUCUGUUAGCUUGUCAAAAGCCUAUGUAAAGUACAGCAAAGUAACACAUGUGAAUAUUAUUUUAGCUGCUUUCAUGUUCUUCACAUGAUUUCUGAUAAUCUCAGAAGUCCUGCACCCUCAGCUCAUACAGUGAUAAGCUGAUAAGAAGAUGAAAACUUUGUGCAUAGGGAUAAUGAAGGCAUGGGACAAAUAUAACCUCGUGGCAGAAAAUAAAAAUACUGUGGCUAAAAGUAGCAAUCAUUAAUAAGUAGGUCUUACCUGAAACGUAAUUUUCUAAGUCUGAAUCAAUUUUGAUAGGUAUUGUCUUUUUCCAUGAUGUCCACAGCAAGAUAUAGAACACAAAAUCAACAUACAUGUAUAUCUACACAGUAAAUGAGAAGUUUUGAAAAUCUCUGAAACUUGUAAGAAAGCAUAUAAAAUUUGAUUCCUGACAGUCCAGCUUUUUCUGACUUCUCUGAGUAGUCAAAAUUGUGAUUUGAAAGUCAAAAUUGUUUGUCUGGCUUAUUGGUGAACUAUUAUUAGAAAUAAGUUGAUAGACCUUGGUAUAUCUCUCACUGGAAUAAGUCAGAAUAGAGUCCAAAAACAAUUGGUUUAACUCCAUAAAAUAAAUGUAAAUGUUAGAACCAUUUCUUUGGCCAGAAAAAUGAGCUGCUAUUGCUCUCAAUACUCAUGAGGAGCAAACUUGAAAUUUGUAUAAAGUCAUUUUGCAAAUUUUAUCUGCUCUUUAAAAAUUAAAUAUCAUUUUCAGAAUCCUUGUUCUGAUAUGUUCCCAACUAUCCUAAAUUAAGCUCACACAAAUAAUUGAAUAGAAUCACUGAGACGUAGAAUGGCCUGGUUUGGAAGAAACUAGAAAGAUCAUUUUGUCUCAGCCACUCUGACCCAGUCAGGGACACAGCAUUACCUGGGAGGGGCCCUGCACUGUAUGGUAGUUGCAAAGCCAAUUUGCUAUUAUUGUGCCAGGUACUGCUACUCGUUGAGUCCUGAUGUAUGGAAAAUAACUCAUGCUUGUUAUAAUAUAUGUAUAAAACAACUCAUGCUUUGUAGUAAUACAUGGUAUAAAAACUAAUAAAAAAUAGUUUUUAUACCAUGUAUUACUACAAAGCACUGCAUUUUAGUUGACCCGGAAAUCAGUCAAAUCCAUAAAAUACAAUUUUUUAAGUCAAUCAAAUGCAAAAAAAUUAUAUUUAGAUAACUAAAUGUGGCUCUCAAUGAUGAAAAGUUUUUGUGUAGAAAUGUAUAUUUCUACCUAUAUUUCUAUCAGCAGCCUUAAAUUAGUUUUCUCCCUUUUCUUACUUUAAUUCAAAAUCCAUUUUCCCAAAGUGAAGUUUGAAGGAAAACUCUAUAAAUGCACUAUCAAGAGAGUUGAUAUGGUUAUAGCAUGAUUUGAAAGUAUAGUCAGGAAGAACAUAUCAGCUCUGAACAGAUUUAUGUGUGUUUGAGGAAAUUGUUACUUUUGUUAUAUAAAAGUAUUUACACCAGCAUAUCUGAUAUAGGCACUUUAAGAAAAAAGAGGAAAAAAAGUCAGGUAGACCCUAUGUCCUGCACAAGGUAACUAGUGAAGGAAAAACUAGGGCCUCAGGGAAAAAGUCUGUUUCCAGAAAAUGUGGAGUGUUUUCAAACCUUUAGUGUUACCUUGAUUAAAAACUGUUGUAUUUUAUGUUAAUUAAAAUAAGUAAAUGUAUUCUAGAACUGUUCUUACAAUAGAUUUCAGAUUAGAAAAAAUCUUACUCCCAUGUAGAUGGGUGAAGACCAGUUGUAAAUUCUGUUACGGUAAAGAGAGAAGUGGAGGUCUGGUAAAGUCUAAAUGAGACUGAAACAAUGCAUUAAUCUUAUCCUGUCUCUCUGUGCUAGUGAAAAUAUCAGUCUCAAGGAAGAAUUAAAACUAAAGGCACAGUCCUAUUAAUGUUGACUUUGAUGAGAUUUCUCAUUAAAUUAUUGACUGAAUGGAAUAAUUCUGCCUGGCUCAUUCUCAGGAGCAGAAACACUUUUCUGUCUCUCCACUUCUUCCUUCAAGAACGUACUUGGAUAAAAAUUAUUGUUUCCAUUUCCCAAUUGUAUUUUAAUGACUUGAACCAGUCUGGGAAUUUGCCAAUGAAUAAAUAUAUAUGGAAGAUUGUAUAUAUUUCUUAAUAUGUAUAUAAAACAGUUUUGGUCAUCAGAAUAAUUUGUUGCACUUAAAGAUGCUUACAGAUUUAAUGGAAAAUGAGGGAGACAAUUUAUUUUCAUUCAUCUAUUGAAAUGUUGCUAGUUUAACUGGAUCUUGCACAUCAUUAUUAUCUAUAACAAUAAAUCAAUAUUUUACCUCA